GGAAGAAAGAGAGAGAAUAAGAUAGGUCCGAAAUCAUUUCUCAGUAUUCUGCACAUCAAGAUUAGAUCUCCCCUUAGUCUGCAAUACGAUAGGUUGCUGAAUGCAACCGGGUUACAUCAUCAUACAUGGCGUUGUUAAUAAGUUCUGUUUUUCUUUCUAUUGCAGGGUAACCAAGAAUAAAUGCUUUAGAAGAAGAAGAAGAGCAAGCUCUGCAUGCACUGAACCUACAGGAUGACUCCUAAGACUGUUUUGUAAACUAGCUCUCCGUUCUGUACAUAACCCGUCUAAAUUAAUUUAGACGAACCCCCUGUGAUUCCAAUGAAGGCUGCACCUGGUUCAACCCCUCCCCAACCACCACUGCCUGAAACUUCGUCAGAUUACUCCGUCUGGAAAUUUAAAGUCACAGCGUAUCUACAGAGUCCCAAUGGCCGAACAUUUCAACUACCUCGUAUCCUAUUUGAGUGAUGAAGCAGUACGAAGGGCUACAGCCGAUGGUUUCGCGGCAAGUAACACGCUUCCACAAAACUGGAGAAUCUUAGAUGACAGUUUUUCCGUGCCCGUGGACACCCAACAGGUGACGAUCCAGUUCUUAUCACGUCACCAAAAAGCAAGCGAGAACCCAAUCGACUACCUUAAUUCCUUGCAGCAAAUCGCGGUACUGGCAUUCCCUCGUUUAGAUGUCAUGAGACGAGAGGAAUUAAUACGCUCACGUUUUGUGGAAGGGCUGGUGCCGGGUCCACCAAGAGAACAUUUUCUUCGAAGCCCACCAGUUGAUACACCUGACUUAAGAAGAACAACACUACGUUUCCUGGCUGCGGACAAACUAGCGAAUUUAUCAGAUGCACAUCCACCAUCAGUGAUGGCUGUGGAACGACCCACAGGAUUUAGUGGCCUGGACAGUUUCCAGAGGACAAUGGCUGUUACCGACUUUUCCAGCCGGGGGCAGCCAAGUUCGAGAUGGAAUAGACAACCAGCAUAG